ACAAAUCACCUUUUUUUGGAUAUUCAUAAUAACAUUUCCAGGACCAUGAAGUUACUGAUUUGUCUUUGUUUGUUAAUUUCUGCAAUUGCAGCAGAAGAAAAACAAAGUAUCAACAAGUCAGAUAAACCAAUUGACAGUAAUAAAAAACAUGACAAACGUGGAUUAGUCUCCAGUCUAGGAUAUGGUUCAUUAGGAGGAUACGGAAUUGGUAGUAGUAUUUCAUCUCCAAUUAUCUCAUCAGGCGCACUAUUGCAUCAUGGUCCUGUUUUAUCAAGUGGUAUUGCAACACAUGCAAUUGGAGGACCCGCUGUGGCGGUUGGAUCAUAUGGAUCCGGUCUAGCUCUUAGAUCCGGUUACGCAGUUGGAUCGGGUCUAGCAGUUGGAUCAGGCCUAGGAGUUGGAUCCGGCCUAGCACUUGGAUCCGGCCUAGCACUUGGAUCCGGUAUAGGAGCAGGUGGAAUAGGAGCAGGUGGAAUAGGAGCAGGUGGAAUAGGAGUAGGUGGUGGACUUGCAUCUGGGGCAAUAGCAGGAGCUGCUGCUGCAUCAACAGUGAGCGUGGGUCCAACACCCCCAUUACCCGCACCUCAAGUAGUUGGGGCUGAUAUCCACACAACAAUUACUAGAAAAAUUGCUGUACCAGUUGGUAGACCAUAUCCAGUACAAGUUGUUAAACAAAUUCCAUUCCCUGUUAGAGUUUCAGUACCAGUUCCAGUCGAUCGACCAUACCCAGUACAUGUUCCUAAACCUUAUCCAGUGCCAGUGGAUAAACCAGUUGCAGUCCCUGUCGACAAACCAUAUCCGGUUGCUGUUCCACAUCCUGUUCCAGUGCCUGUUGUGAAACAAGUUCAAGUUCCUGUUCCACAACCAUACGCUGUUCCUGUAUCCAAACCAUAUCCCGUUCAUAUUGCAGAUCCAGUUGCUGUACCCCACCCCGUACCAGUCGCGCAUCCAGUCCCAGUUCCACACCCCAUUCCUGUAGGCGUUCCACAUCCUGUACCCGUAAUAUCAAGUGGAAUUUCUAGUUUAGGAGGUAUUGGUUUAAGUGGUGGUUAUGGUUUAGGCGGUGGUUAUGGUUUAGGCGGUGGUAUUGGUUUAAGCCGAGGCUUAAGUUUGGGACAUGGUAUAAGUUUAGGCCAUGGAUUAAGUAGUAUUGGAUAUUCACACGGCUAUGGUCUCUCAUCAGCUGGUUCACAUUAUAUUCAUUAAAAUUAAUUAUGACUGUUAAUCAAAUUUCUCAAGAAUGAAUAUUUUAUACGAAUUCAU